AUGGAAGCGUUAAAACUUGUACUUUUACUGGCGGCUCUCUUGGUUCCGGGAAAGCCCGUGGAUGCCGUCUGCAAUCAGUGUGUCGAUGCGCACACCUGCACUGCCGAGGGCCAAUUCCAGAUAUGCUACAAUGGUGUCAGGGACCAGAGUAUCACGUACACUUGCCCAAAGGACAAGCCCAUUUGCACGGAGUUUAGCACCGUUUGCAUGCCGGACAGUGUGGGAGUUCCCCGGGCCUGUGGUGACGUUUCCCAAUGUGAAAUUUGCACUGGAACAAACAUCUUUGCCUGCACUUCCUUGACCACCUUUGCUGUCUGCAGUGAUGGUGAGGCUAUCGGGGAUAACUACACCUGUGCCGAGGACUACGUAUGCAGUGUAAACGGCGCCAAGGAGGGAAAUCCCUGUGUUACCCGUUGCGAUAUGGAUAAUUCGGAUAUAUGUGAUCGAGUUCUGGAAACCGAUGAUAACGAUGUCACUACUGCAAGUACAGAAAGCUCCACAGAUACUUCUUCAACAGUAACUAGCUCAGAUACUUCCUCAUCAACCAUAACUACUGAGACGUCAACGGAAGCGUCAUCGGAGAGUACUUCGGAGAGUACUUCGGAUAGUACUUCGGAUAGUACUUCGGAUAAUACUUCGGAUAAUACCUCAGAUAGUACCUCAGAUAGUACCUCAGGUAGUACCUCAGAUAGUACUACGGAUAGUACCUCAGAUAGUACUACGGAUAGUACCUCAGGUAGUACUACGGAUAGUACCUCAGGUAGUACUACGGAUAGUACAACAGCACCGCCCUUCAAUGAGGUUGUGUAUUGCCAAGGCCUGAACACCACAGGUCGUUAUCCCAUUCCCAAUGACACGGAGUGCACAAACUAUAUCUACUGCGUAUACAGAGCCACUGGUUAUGUGGGACUACUGUACAACUGCACCACGGAAAAGCCCUAUUUUAAUGCGGAUAUUAAAACUUGUGAUCUUGAAAAACCAACCCUGGCAGGUUGCACAAAUUAAGCAUAUAAUCUUCAUAUGUAUAUCUAUUUUAAAGCUUCAUAU